AUGUUCAAAAACAAACAUUUUAAAAACGUUCCAAACUCCAUAAGAAAUAGUAAGUUUUUACCCUCUAACAUAAGUAAUAAUAGCAGUAGCAGCAGUAGUAUAAAAAGUGUAAGAAGCUCUAACAAGUCAAUUAAUAUACCUUCUAAUUUUUUCCGCUUAUCCAAUAUUAGUACCUUUGGUUUUAUAGGCAAGCCAGUGUGUAGUGCCUUUGAUUUUAGCCAAAGCCUACUUGCCACAGCUACAGAAUCUGGUGACAUUUAUAUUUUUGGCAAACAAAAUGUCGAGGCUUUGCUUACUGUAGAAAAGAAAAUUUUUGUUAAACAUAUGAGCUUUGUUAAAGGCGUAUAUUUAGUCAUUGUAGACUCGAGUAAUAUUCUAACGGUUUAUUCUUUAUAUUCCCAGAAGAUUAUUGAUACUGCUUUUACACCUACAAAAAUAACCUGUAUAGAAACGGAUCCCUCUAUAGAUUGGGUAUUACUGGGCUUAGAAGAUGGUACAAUUAUGAUUUAUGAUGUUGAUCGUAAUACUAUGACAGAAAACAAGAUCGAAAAUUUUCAAAAGACAAAAUAUUUCCCUUCAAAGAAAAUAUCCCCUAUUGUAUCAUUACAGUGGAAUCCAAGAGAUUUAGGUACAAUCUUGAUCUCUUACGAUUCUGUGACAAUUAUUUAUUCAUUCAUCGACAGGUCGAUAAAACAAGAUUUUAUUUAUAGCCUGCCUCCAGGUGCUCCUGGUGGUGAAUUAUCCAAAAAUCAAUGUGUUGAAAGAUUUCCUAAAGUUAUUCAAUCCGUUUACAACCCAAAUUCUUUAAAUAUUUUAACUGUUCAUCAAGACAAUUCACUAGUUUUUUGGGAUGCUAACACAGGUCAAUUAAUACAAGCAAGAACAUGCUUUGAAAUAGAUAUUCAUGUACCGCAACCGAGGUCAACACCACUAAAUCAUGUACCUGCUGUCCCACAAAUUUCUAAAGUUCUCUGGAUAUGUAGGGAGGACCCCGAGUACACAUCUCUUUUAGUAUACAUGAAACCUAUCAAUAAUUUUUACGGCAAGCCAACAAAUUCUGAGCAAAGCUUUAUGAUAUUGGAUUUAGAUCAUACACCACUAUAUUCUAUAAGUUCGUAUGAAAAUAUGAGUAUAUAUUAUGCAAACCAGCAAAACCAAAAAAUUUUACCACUGGACCAUGAUAGACUAAUCGUAGACAUUUUACCAUUACCCAGAGCUUCUCCUUACUUCCAUGGGUGCCACGAUCCAGAAAUAGUUAUGCUAACUUUUGAUGAUGGCGAAAUUGAAACCAUGCUAUAUCCAUCUGGGCUUUUCACCCAGAGAGCUUCGUUAUUUCCACAGAGUUUCUGCUGGGUCAGACCAACCGUGUCGAAUGUAUCUGCUAUAUCUAUUCCACAAAAACUAUGGCUAGGAAUGACAACUGCAUUACAAAAUAAUAAAAGUGAAUGCAUUUUACAUGGAGGAUUCCCCAAAAAGAAAAAUGUUAGAGCCACAGAGUAUACGCCAGCCAUUUUAACAGGACACUCAAAUGGAUCUGUUAGAAUUUGGGAUGCUUCUAAAAAUGAUACUUCAAUAUUUGAAGUUAACUGCAGAUCAAUUUUAAAUUUGUCAGCUGAUGUUUCAAUAAAUCAAAUUUCCUUUUCACCAGAUACACUAGAACUAACGGUAUCGAUGGACACAGGUGAUGUUUUAUUAUUGAAAUUCCAGAACAAUGAAUAUUUCAAUGACCAUAAUGAAUUAAACAAUCCUUUGAAUUAUCAAAAGUUUUCUUUGUCUGGUAACAAAAAUUCAUUAGUUGAUGUUCGAUUUAGAUCGCCACCUAAUAUUCCAAUAGGAUUUAUGCCAAUUGUCGCAUUACAUGCCCAAAAAGGCAAAACUUCUGCCAUCAAAAAUAGUGAUGUUGGGUUUGUUGCACUUGCAUAUUUAACAGGUUCAUUGAUUAUUAUAGAUAGGAGAAGUCCAAAAAUUAUAUUUUUGGAUAAUAUUCGCAAAUUUGUAAGUAAAAGCAGUUCAUGCAUAACUGCAAUAGAUUUUUCCAUUAUGGAAUAUGGAGAAGAUGGAUAUUCUAGCAUUAUGCUAUUGUGUGGUACUGAUGGGGGCUCCUUAUUAAUUUUCAAGAUUUUACCAGAUCGUACAAGUGGCCAUCAUAUUACGUUCGUUGAAGAAAUAAAAUCCAAUCACUUGGACCCUAUUAAGUACAUAGGUACAUUUUCAUCAACAGGAUUACAUUGUACUGCAACACUUCACAAAAUGAAUGAGCUAGGUAAAGGUAUUGCCAUUCAAGGUUACGUAUGCACGGUUGGUGAAAGAGAGGUUAGGCUUUUAUGUGUUGGAAAAUCAAAAAAUUGUCAUGAGCAAUUUAAAGGGCAAAUUGCCGUGAGUAGGCUAUGUAGCAUCCCUUAUUUUGACUCUAAUAAUAAUAAGAGAUUUUCAACGGUUUUAGUCUUAUUGUUUUAUAGUGGAGAUGUAAAAGUUUUAUCGGUUCCAAAUUUGGAUGAUAUAAGAACAUUCAUACUGCCAUGCACUAUCUCUGCAAAAUACAUCUCAUCAUCUUCGAUUAUGAAAAAUGGUGAUAUAUUAUUACGUUGUAGUCAAACACAAUGUAAUGUAUAUACCAUAAUUAAUGAACUGGCUACAGGAAUUACAAAACAACGUUCAAUCGUAUCAAAUGAUCAAGUGAUCAAAGACGUGCUAUAUAAUCCAAGUGCUAGAAUUCCUUUCAGACCCCAAGUAAAUUCGUUACAAUGGGUUAGAGGUACUGUAUACACAUCAGCAGAACAAUUAGAUCAAAUAUUGGGUGGGCCAAGAAGAACUCCUUCCAAAAAUAAAGAAAGUAUCAUGGCUUUAGGCUCUUUAACGCUAACAAAAGGUGCUGAUGAAAAACGUGUCAAGCCCAGCGAUUUCAAAACUAACGCCCAGCUAAAGCAUUCUGCCAGGCAUCCGACAUACAAUGCAAUGAGGAAUGCUUCUAGAGCAUUAGAAAGUACAUGGUAUGAUAUCGAAGGUGGUAUUAAUGAAUAUGCCACUGCUCUAGGUCAGAGUAUGAGUGAUACUAUGGAAGACACCAGCAAAGAUAUAAUGAAAGACUUUGUUGGAAUCUAA